AGCAAAGCCACGCGACGUCGCACUAUUUAUUCGUUCAAGUCUUUAAGGAUAGUGAUUUUCAUUCAUUAUUUUUCUAUAGAGAAAUUAGGUUAUUGGAAAUAAAAAUUAAAAAUGCCGUCAGUUCGAAGAAUGAUACUUGGCCAUGUGAUAUCGGAUGUAUGUGGAAAAAUGAAUAGAAGAAAAAAUUUACAAGGAGACAUUAUGGAAACUCCAUUAAAAAGAUGUCUUUCAACAUUUGAUAUCACAUUACUCGGUGUGGGUCAUAUGAUUGGUGCUGGAAUUUACGUUUUAACUGGAACAGUCGCACAUGAUAUAGCUGGACCAGGAGUAAUUGUUAGUUUUAUAAUUGCUGGACUUGUUUCAUUAUUGGCUGCACUUUGUUAUGCAGAAUUUGGAGCUAAAGUCCCUAAGGCUGGCAGUGCCUAUAUUUAUACAUAUGUCACAAUUGGCGAAUUUUGGGCAUUCGUCAUUGGAUGGAAUAUUAUUUUGGAGCACAUGAUAGGUGCUGCAUCUGUUGCAAGAGCAUGGAGUGGUUAUGUUGAUUCAUUAUCAGGAGGUACUAUAAGUAAUUUUACAAAUCAAUUAAUUGGUGAUCGAAUGAAGGGUAAUCCAUUGGGUCAUGUACCGGAUCCAUUGGCGGCACUUUUAUGUAUUAUUUAUUCAUUACUUUUGGGACUUGGAGUCAAAUGUUCUGCAACUGUUAAUUCAUUUUUGACUCUUAUAAAUCUUAUUGUUAUGGCCCUUGUAAUAGGUCUUGGUAUUUAUCAUGCGGAUUUAAAAAAUUGGAGUUCAGAAAAUUAUAGUUUUAUGCCUUAUGGUUUUCAUGGUGUUUUGGCUGGUGCUGCAACUUGUUUCUAUGCAUUCGUUGGUUUUGAUUCAAUUGCAACUUCCGGUGAAGAAGUUCGUGAUCCAUGUCGUAGUAUACCAAUAGCCACUGCCUUUUCCAUGGGAAUUGUAACCAUUGGAUAUGUUCUUGUUAGUGGAGCUCUAACUUUAAUGGUUCCAUUUUGGGAAAUUAAUCCCUCGGCAGCAUUACCAGAAGCAUUUGCAUCAAAGGGAAUUUAUUGGGCGAAAUAUGUUAUUAGUGUGGGUGCCCUCUGUGGAAUGACGACAACUCUAUUUGGAUCAUUAUUUUCAUUGCCUCGAACUUUGUAUUCAAUGGCAACUGAUGGUCUACUUUUUGGCUUUUUGGGACGAGUGAAUUCUCGCACUCAAGUGCCUAUUGUAAAUUUGGCAAUUAGUGGUGUAAUUAGUGCUCUACUUGCUCUAUUCUUUGACCUUCAACAUCUAGUCGAAUUUAUGUCAAUUGGUACCUUUCUGGCCUAUACAAUAGUUUCUGCCAGUAUUAUAGUUCUAAGAUAUCGACCAGAGAAAGUUUUAUCGCCAAUUUCUACAACUAGCACAUCGAGUACUCUCACAUCACCGCCUACGGAAGGUGCUGAUUCUAGUAGUGAUGGACGUAGUAUGACUUCUGCCGAAUCGGAGCAAUUAUUAAAUUAUUGCGAAGACACUGGAAAAUUGAAAUUUCGUUAUGCAUGGUUGGCAAAAUUUAUUGGAUAUUGUGAUCCUGGAACUGUUGUGUCAAUGUCUAUAACAUUCUAUGCAAUUGGAUGCAUCGCUCUAUGUACUAUACUUAUUCUCAUACUACAAAGUUUAUCGUUACCAACAUGGUCGGACUAUAUAAUGAUCGUCAAUUUAAUUCUCUUUCUUUCAGGAUGUCUGUUUUUGAUACACGCGCACAAACAAACACCUAGUACAGGAAGUUUUCGCGUACCUCUAGUUCCACUAGUGCCAGCGAUGAGUAUGUUUUUUAACAUUGGCCUCAUGUUUCAUUUAUCACUUUUAACGUGGUUACGAUUUCUCAUCUGGAUGCUAGUAGGAAUGUUUAUAUAUUUCUUCUACGGAAUUCAUUAUAGUAAAGAAGCUGGAGGUCCAAAUUCUUAUUCAAUUUUAAUGGCAAGUUCAGAAGCAGGAAGAGGAGCAAAAUGGGGAUCCACCUUACGAGAUUUAAAUUACUAUAGUUCAUUAUAUAAAAUAAAUUAAAAAAAAUAUAUUAAAUUAUUCGUCCAAGUUAUUAGCUAAUAAUUAAUUAGGUAAUUAUAAAAAUUUAUUAUUUUUUUAAUCAAUUAUCAGAUAGUAAUUUUGUUAUCAACAUUUUGAAUAAAAAUCAUAUUCAAUAAAAUUAAAAAGCACUAUUCAUUAAUUUUCAAAAAGCAUCGACAUUUUUUUUUUAAGCACAGCACAAUAAUUAAAUAUACUUUAAAAAAUAUUUUUCUAACUAAAUUUGAAAAUGUUUUAAAAAAUAAUUUUAAUUUGAAAUUAAAUAAAAAACGAAUAAAAUAUGAAAGUAAAUUGAAAAUUUGAAACAAGCACAAUAAACAUAAUGUUACAUAACUUUUUUUAUUUAUUAAAAAACUGACACUCAAUGAGAAAGCAUUUUCAUUUUUUUAAACGGGCUAUAACAAUAAUUAUUGUAAAUAAAACUCGAUGUUUGUUAAUAUGAAUUUAUAGUUAUGUUUUUUCUUUCUAGAAUAUUGAUUUCUUCCGAAAAAAAUAAAAAAUUGCUAAAAAUUAUGUAAAAAUAAUAUAUAUUGAUAAUUGUUAAUGUGAACAAAGAAACAAAUCUAUAAACGCAUAAUAAAUUAUAAAUUGCUGUCUUAGUUUGGAAAUAAUUUACAUAAUUGAAAAUUCGGUGUAUAUCUAUAAUUUUGUCAAUUAUUAUAUUUUCGACAAAGCGACAUGUAUCUAUUAAUACAUAAAUAUGUUCUUUAAGUAUAAUAAGA